UCUAGUCGAGCCCAUUGAGGCAUGCAACAUGCAUUUGCAUGCUUUGUCUGGUGGUGUCAUCAAACCAGAAGCAGAAGCAGAAGCAGUAGUUUUCUAUCCAUUCUAAUGUUCAACGGUGGGUGGGAUCCGCCGGGGGGAAGACGGAAGAUGUUUCAUCAAAACUUCUUCUUCCUUUUUUUUUUAAUUAUUAGAGUGUGAUACGUGUUGAAAUCGUAUGAGUGAAUGGAUCCCUUUUCUUGGCGGGAUUGAACCAGUUUUCUCCUUUCUUGGCGAGAAAAGACCUGGAGGUUUCUUUGCUAAAAUUCUCCUCCUCUAUUAUUCCAAUUACCCUCAUUUAAAUACAUCAAGGAUGAAACUUAAAAUCCUAUCAAGGUGGAACUAUCUUCCCUCCCUAACUACUGCCAAAUCGUGCUCCACUUAAUGGGGAAGAUUGGCUUAUUGACUCAACUACUAACUACUGUUCCUACACUAGUGGCAAGACUCUUUCAAUAUAACAAACUCAAUCCAUCCAAUCCCAGAAGCUACUCCUACGUCUACAACGGCAAGCUUGAUCUGUGAUGGGCUACUCAUAGUCAUGAUAACGAGAGUUGGGCCGGGACGUACGAGUAGAACGACGGAUGGACCGAACUAGAGCCCACCAAUUCGUGCCCCAUCAUUACCACCCCCUGAAAAAUGGCCUUGUCCUCAAGGCCGAACUUAAUGAAGCGAUCAUCAAAAUUGGACGCCAACUUGCAGAACAAUAUCAUUGAUGAAAUGUGACCGUCCAAAACCCGAUUCCAUCCUCGAACCAUAGCAGGCAGUUGGAUCGAUCCAUACGUCAACCCAGAUAGCUGAACGGACUUGCCCAUCACCCCUUUCAGCUCGUUGAUCCCUUUUAGCUCGUUCAUAUGUUCCUCAAACGACACCAUUCGCUUGCUCACAACCGUCACCCAUGACUGGCGCUUUCUAUACCGCUUCCAGUUUCUUCCCGAGGUCCUCUCUGCGAUCACCGUACCGUAGGGGGUCCUGUAGUUUGGUUUAUUGGAAUUUUCAGCUGAGGUUCAUCAACGCCGGUGGGAGCAAGAAAGAGUCGAUCUCCAUAAUAAACACAAUGACAGCUGUAUAAUCAGCCUCCUGCUUCCACUUGUAGUUCUUUCCGUCGAUGCCUUCAUAACAAUAGCCGUAAUCGAUGGUGCAAGCCAUGGCUUCUUUACUCUUUUGGGAUUCCAGUUUUCCUUUUUGAAGCGGAUUCUCAUCCCGCUUCUUUACGAUCGGAGCUGCUUGACCCUUUUUCCUUCUCUUCCACCAAUUUAGACAGUGGCCAUCAACACCAAACAUUCCUAGAUAAGUCUCACGUUUCUUUCUAAAUCUCCAAGGGUUUAUUUGACCCAAUAUUCUUCUGCCUCUAUUGUAAAUAACACAUUUGGUGGUUAUUCUGAUACCCAGUGAUAGGACGUACCCAUUUAUUUGUCGUGGGCGACCCUUAACCAACAAAGUUUGCAGCUUUCCCACAUGACGAUGCUUUACGUCGAGGCUUGGUGAAAAAGGAGCGGUUAUGGCUGCUGGUUCAAGUGGUGAUUCCAGCUCAAUGACAAUCGAUGGCAGGUCUGCUGUGUGCACAGGAGAUGCGAUCGGCGAACUCACUAAGUUUUCAAUCUGCGGUGGCAGUGGAGCAAUGUCAACAGCAACAACAGCGGUAGGCAUCGACAGUAGUGGAGCGAUGACCAGUGGUGCAACGAGACUUGGUUGUGGAGUGAUCUUCGCGGCUUCCAUGGCGGUGAGGGUUUUGAAUUGCAGCGGCAGUGGUUGGGGGACACUAGUCGGCGCGGCAAGAGGGAACGACGACAACGGCUGUACAGGCUUUGCGCCAACAGCAAAUUCUUACUCGUCCUCUACAAACUCGACUAGAGCUUCAGCUUGCGACGGUGGCGGUGCGGGUGCUACAGGUGGGAUGGCAAUCUCCGCCUUUUCAAUGGCGGCCAGGGUCUCAACUCCCAGCGGCGUUGGUGUUGUUGCUGACAUGUGUUUGUCAUAUGAAGCAAUCAUCUUGCCGCUGGUAGCGAUGACACUGUCUAGCAUUUGGAUUGCCUGAUUGAUGAGUUCCUCCCUUGACGGUCUCUCUGAGCUUAUCGUGAUCGGAACCCGGAUCAACGGCUCUGAUACCAAAUGAUACGUGUUGAAAUCGUAUGAGUGAAUGGAUCCCUUUUCUUGGCGGGAUUGAACCAGUUUUCUCCUUUCUUAGCGAGAAAAGACCAGGGGGUUUCUUUGCUAAAAUUCUCCUCCUCUAUUAUUCCAAUUACCCUCAUUUAAAUACAUCAAGGAUGAAACU